AUGACUCUCACGAAGAAUGCACACCGAUAUUUAGAGAGUAGGCCCCGACAGAGAGGCCUUACUCCCGUGAGGUGUGUUGGGUUUCCCUCGAAAAAAGGACCAAAUGCUGGGAUACCAUUCAUCCCAAUACCAAGUGUUGUUCUCACAAGAAUAAACAACAUACUACCCGCUAUUAGUGUUAAUGAAGCGGGUGCCGACAAUAUAGGCCCUGUAGACUCUAGCGUUCCAUCUACAUCUGGUUCUGGGCCCUGUAUCGUUACACCAGAUACUGCAGGCCCGACGCCCACUGUCCCCCAUACUUGUGUGGACAUUAAUGGCGUGCGCAGAGUGCCUAUAGGGAAAGGCAAGGCCAAAACUCGGCUCAGAAAGGCGACGAUGCCUAAGAGGCGUAGUGGAAUCACUGUUCCACGGGUCCCGCCGCCACAAGAGACUACCCCGAGACGUAGGAAACGCAAAAACCAAGUGCGGAAGGACAUUAAGUAUCUCCAGAAGACCACCCACACCCUUAUUAAGAAGUUACCGUUCCAGAGAUUAGUCCGAGAGAUAGCCCCAGACUAUAUGGUGGGUGUCCGCUUCCAAUCAGCGGCUAUCGGUGCCUUGCAGGCCACUAUAGAGAGUUACAUAACGGACUUGUUUACCGAUGCGGGCCUCCUAGCGAAACACGCGGGCCGAGUAACUGUUAUGCCUAAGGAUAUCCAAGUGGCCCGACGAUUAAAUAACAAUCAAAACCUAUUGUAUUAA